GCCACAGUCUGCGACUCCUUUGCAUCUUCCCACAUCCUGGAUGCUGCAGUUCAUGGGAGGGUCACUGCUUUCGUAGCCGAACGAAAGAAAACCCUGAAGUAUUGGGACCUGACUGAACUAUCUCUUCCAACUUGUGGCGUUUGAGAUUUUCGGGGUAACAGGGCCACUAACAACGAAGCUCUUGUCGACUUUGGCAGCUCGCCUCACCGAGGUGUCUAGUGAUGCCCGUAAGGGCGCUUGGCUUUCCCAACGUCUUAAGCCUUGCCAUCGAGGUAAUGCUGCGAGCGUGCUUGCUUGCUUCAAUAGGCUCCAUUAAACAUUGUGGUGUCUGGCCAGUUGCUGUGAUAAAAAGAAAAGUCCUCGCAAAUAGUUUCAAUAUAGUUUUAACAGAAAGAUUUGGAAGAAUUAGAUGGAAGUUCUCCAAAAAAUUUGAAGAAACCAUGUAUGAUGACCAGUCAGAUUUCAUCCAGUCUGUAUAUCAUGAAGUCUCUUCAUCUUCAAUUUAUAGUCAUUUAGAGACCCCUCACUCGAAUUUCGACAGUGCCUUUUCAUUCUCAGAAGCUGGUAUUUGUGAAGGCUCUGUUGACACUCAUUAUUUUCCUCAUUCACCGUCACCUUUGGAACCUGAAGAAGAUGAGACAGAUAAGCUUCUUCAUAAUUUUGGUAAAUAUUUUAAUGAAAAACUCAACAAAGAAGUUAGCACUCUCUAUAGAGCGCUUUCACUCAUGUUUAAUGAACAGAAAAUUCAUGUGAAACAAAUCAUAAAUGCAGCAAUAAACCAUGACUUAAAGCAGCAAACAGUAUCUGGAAUAACUCAGCCAACAGCUGAAGAUGCUAGUUUUCUCCCCUCUGAGGGAAGUGAAUUACUCCAAGAGUUCGAAUGCAGUAAUUCUCUUGAAAGAGAGCCUGAAGUUCAAGCAUCUAAAGAGAGAUAUAUAAUCCAGCUUUUAAUGCUAUCAUCAAUGAUCUCAGUUCACUUAAAUGAAAAAACAGAAAAGAUUUAAUAUAUUUUUUAAAUGGUUAUUAUUCAAUUAUUUUUGUGUUAUUGUUGUAGUUAAUAAUUAUAUAAAGAUUUUGAAAUGUUUUCCUUUUUAAAUUAAUAUUUUGAGUUAAAAUAGAUUACUAAUGUUAAAAAUAAAGGUAGUAUUACUUUAUUAAAACAUUUUGAGCUUUAUAGAUAUCCUACUUAGAACAUCUAUUUAAACACUGAUUGUGAAGCUUGUAGUUCUUUUGAAACUCACUUCUUAUUUCAAUUCCUAUUCCCUGAAAUUUAAAUCCUGUUGAAAGGCGUUUAUGAGUUGGUAUUUCUGGAAAGGCUUAGAGAUUAUCUAUUUUGUUAAUCAACAGAAGUGCAAUAAUUUUGAGACUAGAAAUAAUGAACUUGAAAGUCCUACACAGUAAACUUGGAUACAAGUAAUAUUUAAUGGUUAAGAUUUACAAAAGUUGAAUCACUGACUUUGUUACAAAGUACAGUUAAAUAAGAGCAAUACAGAGGAGGUAUUAUAUCUAAUAUGUGCAGAACAGGUAUAAACCUGUUUUGAACGAAGAAAUAGUAAACUAAUUUCAAUGGUGCAUUGACUGAUCUUUCAAAUCAAAUAGCCAUGCUAUAUCCUAACAUUACAGACUAUAGUAAUAGUUUAGUUGAAACUAUAGGUUGUUUCUCUUAUUUAUCUGUGA